AUGUGGCCGCGCCUGGCCCUUUGUUGCUGGGCUCUGGCGCUCGUUUCGGGCUGGGCCACCUUUCCUCAGCUGCCCCCGUCGCGCAACUUUAGUUUCCGCUUCUUCCCGGAGGCCGCGCCCGGGGCCCCGGGGCGGCUGCUGGCCGCGGCGCCCGAGCCCGGCGAGGACGCGGCGGCCGCCGCGAGCAAAGUGGAGCGGCUGGGCCAGGCGUUCCGGCGCCGCGUGCGGCGCUUGCGGGAGCUCAGCGAGCGCCUGGAGCUGGUGUUCCUGGUGGACGAGUCGUCGAGCGUGGGCCAAGCCAACUUCCGCAGCGAGCUCCGGUUCGUGCGCAAGCUGCUGUCCGACUUCCCCGUGGUGCCCACCGCCACGCGCGUGGCCAUCGUGACCUUCUCGUCCAAGAACAAUGUGGUGCCGCGCGUCGAUUACAUCUCCACGCGCCGCGCCCACCAGCACAAGUGCGCGCUGCUCGGCCGCGAGAUCCCGGCCAUCACCUACCGCGGCGGCGGCACCUACACCAAGGGCGCCUUCCAGCAAGCCGCGCAAAUUCUUCGUCAUUCUAGAGAAAACUCAACAAAAGUUAUAUUUCUCAUUACUGAUGGAUAUUCCAAUGGGGGAGAUCCUAGACCCAUUGCUGCAGCCCUGCGAGAGUUUGGAGUUGAGAUCUUCACUUUUGGCAUAUGGCAAGGGAAUAUUCGAGAACUGAAUGACAUGGCUUCCACCCCAAAGGAGGAACAUUGCUUCCUGCUCCACAGCUUUGAAGAAUUUGAGGCUUUAGCUCGCCGGGCGUUGCAUGAAGAUCUGCCGUUGGGGAGUUUUAUUCAAGAGGACAUGUCCCACUGCUCCUAUUUGUGUGAAGCCGGCCGAGACUGCUGUGACCAAAUGGCAAGCUGCAAAUGUGGGACCCACACAGGUCAAUUUGAGUGCAUCUGUGAGAAGGGGUAUUACGGGAAAGGUCUACAAUAUGAAUGCACAGCUUGUCCUCCAGGAACAUUCAAACCUGAAGGUUCACCAGGAGGAAUCAGCACUUGCCUUCCGUGUCCUGAUGAAAAUCACACCUCUCCCCCUGGGAGCACAUCCUUGGACGACUGUGUCUGCAAAGAGGGCUAUCGGGCAUCGGGCCAGACCUGUGAAGUUGUCCACUGCCCUGCUCUGAGACCUCCUGAAAAUGGUUACUUUAUCCAAAACAUUUGCAACAACCACUUCAAUGCAGCCUGUGGGGUCCGGUGUCACCCUGGGUUUGACCUCGUGGGAAGCAGCAUCCUCCUGUGUCAACCAAAUGGUUUGUGGUCCAGUUCGGAAAGCUUCUGCAAAGUAAGAACUUGCCCCCAUCUCCGCCAACCCAAACAUGGCCACUUCAGCUGUUCUUCAAGGGAAAUGUCCUACAAGACAACAUGUUUAGCUACUUGUGAUGAAGGAUACAGGUUAGAAGGCACUGCUAAACUUACCUGUCAAGGAAAUGGCCAAUGGGAUGGUCUAGAACCCCGGUGUGUGGAACGCCGUUGCUCCACCUUUCAGAAGCCAAAAGGUGUCAUUCUAUCCCCUCCGAACUGUGGCAGGCAGCCAUCCAGACUUGGAACUGUUUGUCAAUUAAGUUGCCGCCAAGGAUUCAUUUUAUCUGGAGUCAGAGAAGAAGUGAGAUGUACCACCACUGGAAAAUGGAGUGCCAGAGUUCAAACAGCUGUUUGUAAAGAUGUGGAAGCUCCUCAAAUCAAAUGUCCUAAGGACAUAGAGGCAAAGACUCAGGAACAGCAAGAUUCUGCAAAUGUCACCUGGCAAAUCCCAAUGGCCAAAGACAACUCUGGGGAAAAGGUGGCACUCCAUGUUCACCCGGCUUUUACCCCACCUUACCUUUUCCCAAUUGGAGACGUUGCUAUCACAUACACAGCAACUGACCAGUCCAACAACCGAGCCAGCUGCACUUUCCAUGUCAGGGUUAUUGAUGCGGAGCCCCCUGCCAUAGACCGGUGCAGGUCCCCACCUCCCAUCCAGGUGUCUGAGAAGGAACACGCUGUGACCUGGGAUGAGCCUCAGUUUUCUGACAACUCAGGGGCUGCAUUAGUCAUCACCAAAACCCAUUCACCGGGAGACCUGUUCCCACAUGGGGACACUGUUGUGCAGUAUACGGCCACCGACCCAUCAGGCAAUAACAAAACAUGUGACAUCCACAUUGUCAUAAAAGGCUCUCCCUGUGAAGUCCCAUUCACACCUGUAAAUGGAGAUUUUGUAUGUACCAAAGAUAGUGUUGGAGUUAAUUGUACACUAAGAUGCUUGGAGGGCUAUGAUUUCACAGAAGGGUCUACUGAGAAAUAUUACUGUGCUUAUGAAGAUGAUAUCUGGAUACCACCAUAUUCCAUUGAAUGGCCAGACUGUGCUAUAAAACGUUUUGCAAAUAAUGGAUUCAAGUCCUUUGAAAUGCUAUAUAAAGCCACUCGUUGUGAUGACACAGAUAUGUUAAAAAAGUUUUCUGAAGCCUUUGAGACCACCCUGGGGAAAAUGGUACCAUCAUUUUGUAGCGAGGCUGAUGACAUUGACUGCAGGCUGGAGACUCUAACCAAAAAAUUUUGCCUCGAAUAUAAUUAUGACUAUGAAAAUGGCUUUGCAAUUGGACCAGCGGGUUGGAGUGCAUCUAACAAAGUGGAUUACUCUUAUGAUGAUUUCCCGGAUGUGCCGGAAACCCCCACAGGGGAUAGCAGAGCCAGAUCUUCACGGAUGCAAAGAAGCACCUCAGUAUCUGACCACAAAAUUAAGUUAGUUUUUAACAUUACAGCUAGUGUGCCAUUACCUGAUGAAAGAAAUGAUACCGUUGAAUUCGAAAAUCAGCGACGACUCAUUAAGACAUUGGAAACGAUCACAAAUCGACUGAAAAGAACCCUUAAUAAUGAGCCUAUGAAUUCCAUCCAGCUUGCCUCUGAAACACUGGUUGCUGAUAGUAAUUCCAUAGAAACAGGAAAGGCUUAUCUCUUCUGCAGACCAGGCUCCAUGCUGAGAGGGCGCAUGUGUGUCAAUUGCCCUUUGGGAACCUAUUAUUCUGUGGAGUAUUCUGUUUGCGAAAGCUGCUACAUGGGAUACUAUCAAGACGAAGAAGGACAACUUGAGUGCAAAGCCUGUCCGCCAGGGACUCACACAGAAUACCUCCAUUCUAGAAGCAUCUCGGAAUGCAAAGCUUGGUGUAAACAAGGCACCUACUCAUCCACGGGGUUUGAGACUUGUGAAUCCUGUCCACUGAACACUUACCAGCCAACAACUGGCUCCAAGACCUGCCUCGCCUGCCCACAAAACAGUUCGACUGUGAAGAGAGGAGCUGUGGACAUUUCUGCUUGUGGAGUGCCUUGUCCAGUAGGAGAAUUCUCUCGUUCUGGGUUAAUGCCUUGUUAUCCGUGUCCUCAAGACUAUUACCAACCCGAUUCUGGGAAGUCCUUCUGCUUGUCUUGUCCUUUUUAUGGGACCACAACCUUCACUGGAGCCACAUCCAUCACAGAUUGCUCAAGUUUUAGUUCAACUUUCUCAGCAGCAGAGGAGAGCAUAGUGACUUAUUCUUCUGACCACAUAAAAAAUAAAUAUGAAAUCAGCAAUCAGGUUUUUCAUGAGUGCUUCUUGAACCCCUGCCACAAUAGUGGAACCUGUCAACAACUUGGGCGUGGUUAUUCUUGUCUCUGUCCCCGUGGAUAUACAGGCUUAAAGUGUGAAAUAGACAUUAAUGAGUGCAGUUCAUUGCCAUGUCUCAACAAUGGAAUCUGUAAAGACCAAGUUGGAGAAUUCAUUUGCGAAUGCCCAUCUGGUUACACAGGUCGAGUUUGUGAAGAAAAUAUAAACGAGUGCAGUUCCAGUCCUUGUUUAAAUAAAGGUAUCUGUAUUGAUGGCAUAGGUGGCUAUGGCUGUACUUGUGCCAAAGGAUACACAGGCCUGCACUGUGAAACGGAAGUCAAUGAAUGCGAGCCAAAUCCAUGUUUCCAUAAUGCCAUCUGCGAAGACCAGGUCGGGGGAUUCUUGUGCAAAUGCCCACCUGGAUUUUUGGGUACCCUCUGUGAAAAAGACUUGGAUGAGUGUCUCAGUCAACCAUGUAAAAAUGGAGCUACCUGUGAAGACAGUGCCAAUGGCUUCAGGUGCCAAUGUGUCCCCGGUUUCACAGGGCCACGCUGUGGAUCAAACAUCAAUGAAUGUCAGUCUAACCCAUGCAGAAAUCAGGCCACCUGUGUGGAUGAAGUAAACUCAUACAGUUGUAAAUGUCACCCAGGAUUUUCGGGCAGCAGGUGUGAAAUAGAACAAUCAAAUAAUUUUAACCUGGUCUUUGAAGUUUCCGGCAUCUAUGGUUAUGUCAUGCUGGAUGGAGUCCUUCCAUCUCUUCAUGCUGUAACCUGCACAUUCUGGAUGAACUCCUCUGACACCAUCAACUAUGGAACCCCAAUCUCCUAUGCCCUUGAGAGUGGCAGUGGCAGCGACAACACCUUCCUCCUGACUGAUUACAAUGGCUGGGUUCUUUAUGUGAAUGGCAAGGAAAAGAUAACAAACUGUCCCUCUGUGAAUGAUGGCAGCUGGCAUCAUAUUGCAGUGACAUGGACAAGUGCCGAUGGAGCCUGGAGAGUUUAUAUCGAUGGGAAGUUUUCUGACGGUGGCGUGGGGCUCUCUGUUGGUUCACCCAUUCCUGGUGGUGGUGCAUUAGUUAUUGGUCAAGAACAAGACAAAAAAGGAGAAGGAUUCAAUCCAGCAGAGUCUUUUGUGGGCUCCAUCAGCCAGCUCAACCUCUGGGACUAUGUCCUGUCUCCACAGCAGGUGAAAUUGUUGGCUACCUCAUGCCCGGAGGAACUGAGUAAAGGAAAUGUGUUGGCCUGGCCUGACUUUCUGUCAGGAGUUGUGGGGAAAGUGAAGAUUGAGCCCAAGAGCAUAUUCUGUUCUGAUUGCCCGCCGCUAGAAGGAUCGGUACCUCAUCUGCGGACUGCAUCAGCAAACUUAAAACCAGGCUCCAAAAUCAAUCUGUUCUGUGAUCCGGGCUUCCAGCUGGUCGGGAACCCUGUGCGGUCAUGUCUGAAUCAAGGACAGUGGACACAACCACUUCCCCACUGUGAACGCAUUAGCUGUGGGGUGCCACCCCCUUUGGAGAACGGCUUCUAUUCAGCGGAGGAUUUCCAUGCGGGUAGCACAGUGACCUACCAGUGUAACAAUGGCUACUAUUUGUUGGGUGAUUCAAGGAUGUUCUGUACGGAUAAUGGGAGCUGGAAUGGCAUUUCACCAUCCUGCCUUGAUGUUGAUGAAUGUGCAGUUGGUUCAGAUUGCAAUGAGCAUGCCUCCUGCCUAAAUACGAAUGGAUCGUACAUUUGCUCAUGUAUACCACCUUACACAGGAGAUGGGAAAAAAUGUGCAGAGCCUGUCAAAUGUAAGGCUCCGGGAAAUCCAGACAAUGGCAGAUGGGACUCUUCCGAAGAGGCUUACACGGUUGGUGCCAGCAUCACAUUUUCAUGUGAGGAUGGAUACCAGUUGGCAGGAGUAUCCACAGUCACCUGUUUGGAGUCUGGAGAAUGGAACCAUCUUGUCCCUUAUUGUAAAGCUGUUUCCUGUGGCAUACCAGCUGUACCGGAAAAUGGUGGUAUUGAUGGAUCUGAAUUUACCUAUGGCAGCAAGGUAACAUACAGGUGCAACAAAGGACAUAUUCUGGAUGGUGAUGAAGAAUCAUCUUGUCUUGCUAGCGGUUCAUGGAGUCAUUCUCCUCCUAAGUGUGUGGUGGUGACGUGUUCUAAUCCGGAAAGCAUCGAGAAUGGGAAAUAUCUUUUGAAUGGGCUUACCUACCUUUCCACUGCUUCAUAUUCCUGUGAAAGUGGAUACAGUUUACAGGGCGCCUCAGUGCUAGAGUGCUCGGCUGCUGGCAGCUGGGAUAGAGCGCCACCUACCUGUCAUCUGGUCUUCUGCGGCGAGCCGCCUGCCAUCAAAGAUGCGGUCAUCAGCGGGAAUAACUUCACUUUUGGAAACAAAGUCACUUACAUAUGCAAAGAAGGCUAUACCCUCGCUGGCCCUGAUACCAUUGAAUGCUUGGCGAGUGGCAAGUGGAGCGAAAGUAACCAGCAGUGUCUGGCUGUCUCCUGUGAUGAGCCCCCUAACGUGGACCACGCCUCUCCGGAGACGGCCCAUCGCUUAUUUGGAGACAUUGCAUUCUACUACUGCUCGGAUGGCUACAGCCUGGCAGACAAUGCCAGGCUCCUCUGCAAUGCUCAGGGCAAGUGGGUUCCUCCAGAAGGUCAGACUGUGCCUCGCUGUAUUGCUCAUUUUUGUGAAAACCCCCCGUCGGUGUCCUACGGCAUCUUGGAAUCUGUGAACAAAGCGAAAUUUGCAAUAGGCUCGGUUGUGAGUUUCAAAUGCAUGGAUGGCUUCGUACUGAACACUUCAGCGAAGAUUGAAUGCAUGAGAGGUGGAGAGUGGAGCCCGUCCCCCAUGUCCAUCCAGUGCAUCCCCGUGCGGUGUGGAGAGCCACCCCGUAUCCUGAACGGCCACGCGAGUGGAUCGAACUACAGUUUUGGAGCUAUGGUGGCUUAUAGCUGCAACAAAGGCUUCUACAUCAAAGGGGAGAAGAAAAGCACCUGUGCAGCUACGGGACAGUGGAGUAGCCCCAUCCCCACGUGCCACCCCGUGUCUUGCAAUGAACCACCUAAGGUUGAGAACGGCUUUCUGGAGCGUACUACAGGCAAGAUCUUUGAGAGUGAAGCCAGGUAUCGGUGUAACCCGGGAUAUAAACCAGUUGGAAAUCUUGUGUUUGUCUGCCAAGCCAAUCGUCACUGGCACAGUGAAUCCCCUCUGUCCUGUGUUCCCCUCAACUGUGGAAAGCCUCCCCCAAUCCAGAAUGGCUAUGUGAAAGGAGAAAAUUUUGAAGUGGGUUCCAAGGUUCAGUUUUUCUGUAAUGAGGGCUAUGAGCUUAUUGGUGAUCAUUCUUGGACAUGCCAGAAAUCUGGCAAAUGGAAUAAGAAGCCAAACCAAAGGUGUGUGCCUGCCAAGUGCGCAGAGCCACCACUUCUGGAAAACCAACUCAUCUUGAAGGAGUUGACAACUGAGGUGGGCGUGGUGACGUUUUCCUGUAAAGAAGGGCACGCACUACAGGGACCUUCAGUUCUCAAAUGUCUACCAUCUCUACAAUGGAAUGAUUCCUUUCCUGUUUGUAAAAUGGUUCUUUGCCCUCAACCUCCCCUGAUAUCUUUUGGCGUCCCUGCUCCUUCUUCUCUUCAUUUUGGAAGUACAGUUAAGUAUACUUGUGUGGAUGGAUUUUUCCUAAAAGGAGAAACCACCACCUUCUGCCAAGCUGAUGGUACCUGGAGCUCUCCCCUACCAGAAUGUGUUCCAGUCGAGUGUCCCCAACCUGAAGAAAUCCUCAAUGGCAUCAUUGAUGUGCAGGGGCUCGCCUAUCUCAGCACAGCUCUCUAUACCUGCAAACCAGGCUUUGAGUUGGUAGGAAAUACUACCAUCCUUUGUGGAGAAAAUGGUCACUGGCUUGGAGGCAAACCCAUCUGUAAACCCAUUGAAUGCCCAAAACCCAAGGAGAUUUUGAAUGGCAAAUUCUCCUAUACUAACCUCUACUAUGGCCAAACCGUUACAUACUCUUGUGACCGAGGCUUUAGGCUUGAAGGUCACAAAGCUUUGACCUGUUUAGAGACAGGUGACUGGGACAUAGAUGUCCCAUCUUGCAGUGCCAUCCACUGUAAUCCCCCACAACCCAUUGAAAAUGGUUUUGUGGAAGGUGCAGAUUACAGCUAUGGAGCCAUGAUCAUCUAUAGCUGUAUUCCUGGGUUUCAGGUGGCUGGUCACGCCAUGCAGACCUGUGAAGAAUCAGGAUGGUCGAGCUCUAUCCCAACAUGUGUCCCCAUUGACUGUGGUCUCCCUCCUCACAUAGAUUUUGGGGACUGUACGAAAGUCAAAGAUGGUCAAGGAUAUUUUGACCCAGAAGAAGACAUGAUGGAAGUUCCAUAUCUGGCUACUCGCCCUUCUCACCAUGUGGGAGCAGUAGCUAAAGCCUGGGAAAAUAGUAAGGGAUCUUCAAACACACAUUCCACAAGCUUUCUCUAUGGUACCAUGGUUUUAUAUACCUGUCAUCCGGGGUAUGAACUUUUGGGGAACCCUUUACUGAUCUGCCAAGAAGAUGGUAUUUGGAAUGGCAGUGCACCUUCUUGCAUUUCAAUUGAGUGUGACAUGCCCGCUGCUCCAGAAAAUGGGUUUUUACACUUUACAGAGACUACCAUGGGCAGUGCUGUAAAAUAUAGCUGCAAACCUGGCCACAGUCUGGUGGGCUCUGACAUAAGACUUUGCCUACAAAACAAAGAGUGGAGUGGUACUUCUCCAUCAUGUGAAGCCAUCUCAUGUGAAAAACCAAAUUCAAUUAUGAAUGGCUCCAUCAGAGGAAGCAAUUACACGUAUCAGAGUGUGUUGUAUUAUGAGUGUAAUCCUGGCUAUGUACUGAAUGGCACCAAGAAGAGAACAUGCCGAGAAAACAAAAAUUGGGAUGAGGAGGAGCCGUUUUGCCUUCCGGUGGAUUGUGGUUCACCCCCAGUAUCAGCCAAUGGUCAGGUGAAAGGAGAUGAGUACACAUUCCAAAAUAAGGUUGAGUACACUUGCUCUAUAGGAUUCUUGCUUGAGGGAGCCAAGAGCCGUAUUUGUCUUGAGGAUGGAAGUUGGAGUGGAUCCACUCCCAUCUGUGUGCCUGUCAAAUGCACCGUCCCACCACAGAUAGAAAAUGGGGUGAUAAAUGGUCUGGACUAUAGCUUUGGUAAGGAAGUGGUGUUCCAGUGCCACGAAGGCUACAUGUUGGCUGGUGCCUCAAAGCUCACCUGUCAAUCAGAUGGCAGGUGGGAUGCAGAGCCUCCUCUCUGUAAACCACUCAACUGUAGACCUCCUGAAGACCUUCCCCAGGGCUUCCCUAAUGGAUUUUCUUUUGUUCAUGGAGGGCGUAUACAGUAUCAGUGCUUUUCUGGCUAUAAGCUCCAUGGAAAUCCUUCAAGACAGUGUCUGUCCAAUGGUUCCUGGAGUGGCAGCCCGCCAUCCUGCCUGCCUUGUCAGUGUUCCAUGCCAGUCAUUCAAAAUGGAGCCGCUAAUGGGACAGACUUUGCUUGUGGAAAGGCUACCCAGAUUCGUUGCUUCAAAGGUUUUAAGCUCCUGGGACUUCCUGAAAUCAUUUGUGAAACCAGUGGCCAGUGGCGUUCUGGCUUUCCACGCUGUGAACAUCCCAUUUGUGGUUCUCCCCCAGUUAUACCAAAUGCUUUCAUCAGUGAGAGUGGCUCUUUGGAAGAAAAUGGUGUCACUUACAACUGCAGAUCUGGGUAUAUCAUACAUGGACCUUCAGAUCUGUUUUGUACAGAGAAAGGGUCAUGGAGUCAGCCUUAUCCAAUCUGUGAGCCUCUCUCCUGUGGACCCCCACCAUCUGUGGCCAAUGCUGUGGCAACUGGAGAAGCAUACACCUAUGAAAGUAAAGUGAAACUCAGGUGUCUGGAAGGCUUUAGGAUGGACGCAGAUAUAGAUACAUUUACCUGCCAGAAAGAUGGUCAGUGGUUCCCUGAGACCAUCUCCUGCAGUCCUAUAAAGUGUCCUCUGCCUACAAACAUGACACGUCUGCUUGUCCUUGGGGAUGAUUUCAGUGUGAAUAAGCAAGUGUCUGUGUUAUGUGCAGAAGGGUAUACCUAUGAGGGAGCUAACGUAUCAACAUGUCAGCUUGAUGGAACAUGGGAGCCCCCAUUCUCUGACAAAUCCUGCAUUCCAAUUUCUUGUGAUAAACCUGAAAGUCCAGAGCAUGGGUCUGUGGUCGGCAGUGAAUACAUCUUUGAAAGCAGAAUUUCUUAUCAGUGUGAACCUGGCUAUGAGUUAGAGGGGAACAGGGAACGUAUCUGUCAGGGGAAUGGAAAAUGGAGUGGAGAGGUAGCAACUUGCAAAAAGGCCAGAUGUGAAGUUCCAUUUGAAUUUCCGAAUGGGAGAGCAGACGUUGAAAACACUACCUCUGGACCCAUCGUGACAUAUUCUUGCAAUAGAGGUUACAGCCUUGAAGGGGUGCCAGAGGCAGACUGCACUGAAAAUGGAACUUGGCGCCACCCAGUUCCUCUCUGCAAACCAAAUCCAUGCCCAGUUCCUUUUGUGAUCCCUGAGAACGCACUGCUUUCAGAAAAGGAGUUUUAUGUGGACCAAAAUGUGUCUAUCAAGUGCAGGGAAGGCUUCCUGCUCCAGGGCGAAGGCAUCAUUACCUGCAACCCGGACGAGACGUGGACUCAGACAAGUGCCAAAUGUGAAAAAAUCUCAUGUGGCCCACCUGCCCACAUAGAAAAUGCGCUUGCCCGAGGCAUCCAUUAUCAGUAUGGGGACAUGAUCACCUACUCGUGCUAUAGCGGAUACAUGUUGGAGGGUUCACUAAGGAGUGUUUGCCUUGAAAAUGGAACCUGGACAGCCCCUCCUAUUUGUAGAGCUGUCUGCCGCUUCCCGUGCCAGAAUGGAGGUAUCUGCCAACGCCCAAACGCCUGUUCCUGUCCCGAGGGCUGGAUGGGGCGCCUCUGUGAAGAACCAAUAUGUAUUCUCCCAUGUCUGAACGGUGGUCGCUGUGUGGCCCCUUAUCAGUGUGAAUGCACAGCUGGCUGGACGGGGGCCCGCUGUCAUACAGCUGUGUGCCAGUCUCCCUGCUUAAAUGGUGGGAAAUGUGUGAGGCCAAACCGAUGCCAUUGUCUCCCAGCGUGGACAGGACAUGACUGUUCCAGGAAAAGGAGGACUGGUUUUUGACCAAUUCACACAGCCCAUCAGCUCUCUUAAAAGCAAGAUCAUCUGUUCCUGGUAAUCCUGGGCAUCCUGGAACUUACACAGAAAAAUUCCAACACGGUGCUGGGUCUUGUUUCAUAUAGUAAACUUGUUCUCUGGGGAGUCCUUUUAUAUUUUGUGUUAUAUUUUGUUAUUCCUUGUGACAUACUUUCUUACCUGUUUCCAUUCUUAAGUUUGCCUGUAUUUUCUAUAUAAAAUAUAUUAAAUAGAAGCUGCUCCAUUCUCAUGGAAUGUACAUAC